AUGUCGUUAAAUUGUUUGGUUCUAGGCGAAACUUCUUUUAAAAAUGUUUUCUCUGUUGACAUUGGCAAUAAAAACAUUGUUGAUGGUGAAAUAAUCGACAGUAGCAAUUUAAAAAUUUCACACCUUAAAACGCAUAUCUGGAAUGAGAAAAAAGACGCAUUUCAGAUUAAGGAUCCUGAUAGCUUGAAUCUUUGGAAAGUUGAUAUCAGUGAAGACAAUGAAUACAAACUUAAAGAUGUUUCUACUGAAAAAGAUAUUGAAGUUAAACUUAGUGGUGAGAUGUUGAAUCCUAACAGAAAGUUUGAGUUCUAUUUUCCACAUUUGAAGAAUACAAUUAACAUUCACAUCAUCGUACAAGUGCCCGCUGCUACUGGUAAAGUGUCUCCUAAUGUUUUACCUCUCGAACAAGAAGUAAUAGAAACUUUUACAAGUGCAAGGAAAAGAAAAUGGGCAGUUAAUAGUGCAAUUCUACAACAUGAACGGGAUAUAUUCUAUUAUGUUGAACCGGAGGGAAAUGAUGCAAUUCUUGAAUCGAUAUGGAGGCAUGAAAAUAUUGCAUUGUAUGGUGCACGGGCUUCUGGAAAAACUACACGGGCGCAACAAAUUAGGAAACUGUUGGAGAAUGAAGGUUUUAUUUGCAUUUAUGUAAGUCUUAAGCAAGUUAAUAUAGAAACUGAGGAAAGUUUCUGGAUGACAUUAGGCUCUUGUAUCGAGCAAUAUGCUUGUACUCACAUCGAUUUCAAAUCUGCCAGUGUUUUUGAAUCGGUUGAUGAUAUGAAAAUAAUAUCUUCUGACUAUUUUCAUCUUGUAUUUAUGAAAAGAAAUUGGAAUAGUAACGUUGUUAUCAUCAUUGAUGAUUUUGAUAAAAUGUGUGAAGCGAAUGAUGAUGUUAAAAUCUCGUGUCUAGCAAAUUUUCGUUGCAUUAGAAACUCAAGAUAUAAUUAUGCUAUCGGAUCUAUUAUUGCCAUUGGCACCUCCUCCAGGAUUCUAGAUUUAAAUCCUAUAACAAUGGUGACAUCACCCUUUAGUUUUAGCGAGACAUUCCAGAAUCCAAAUUUCACAUUUAAUCAAGUGCAGGACUUAUAUAGAAAGUUUGCAACAGACUAUGACUUUACCAUUGAUCCGGAGGUCAUCAAGGAUAUAUAUAAACAGACAAGCGGGCAUGCUGGCCUUGUCUGCCUUUUCGGACAUUUUAUCCAGAAUAAAUUACUUGAGAAAAUUGGCAAAGAUAAUGUGCUUACUUUUUCAAGCUGGUUUACCUUUUCCAUUAAUUCAUUGCAGAAGGAUAUACUUGAUCAUGCUACCUACAGAAAAAUGAUCGAAAUGCUUAAUAAAACGAAUGCCAAGCCUGCCAUUGAUCUUCUUCGAACUAGAUUCCUGGGAUUUUUUGAUAAUGUGAGGAUCUUCUCUGAUGAAGGAGAAAAACUAGAAUUCUUGGUAGAUGAGGGUGUGCUAAUUGAGGGUAAAAAUUAUUUAUCCGAGUUUAAGAUGUCAUCUGCUUUUGUAGAUGGGCUGAUUCAGCGACAAGUUAUUCCUAAUGUGUACAAGUCUUCUCCGGAAAGUGCAGUUCCUCAAAAAGAUGAUGAUGACGAAUCCCUGGAUAUUCUCAACAUUUUACAGACAGCCAUCCAGUUCUUUGACAAAGACAUCAUUUCUAAUGCAGUUAAUUUUGCAAAUAAUUUGUAUACAGGAAGUCAAAAAAAUAUGUGUGCUCCCCGAGAAAGUGUUUAUAGUACAGAGCUGAACAGGAUCCUAGUUAAUUGGCUUAUCAAGAAAAGUGGUUAUGAGGUUACUGGACGGCAUCUGGUAAAAAGUUAUGGUGACAAAGAAGGUAAAUACAAAUAUAGCAGCAAUAUAGUAAUUAUAACUGAGCAUCAAAAAACUGUUCUUGAGCUUUUAGCCACUGCAACAGAAAAAGAACUCAAUGAACACUCCGAAAGGGUGCUUGAGUAUGCUGAAAAACUAUCUGUGAAUGAUAUUUGGUUAGUACAUUUUACACGUGAAGAUGGUUAUGCAAAUCAGAAACUUCAGUGGCCAUCUGAUAAUAGAAUUAAUGUUGUACACUUCUUUCAUGACUCAAAGUUUGAGAAUGUACUAAUGAAUGUCCGAUACAUAGAUAGCUCUGGUACCAUUAAAUAUAUUGUAGAUCAGGUUAUACCAUUACAAUCUUAA